CCACAAAUCCCAGAGGAGCUGUGUAGCGUGGAAACACAUCAAUAUACGCCGACAACUCUGAUUAGAGCCACGGGACUUUGCAGUCAGGCAAGUUUGGCAGCCCGCAAGACAGCUCUAGUUACAAAGCUUUUGAGUUAGAAACAAAGAACUGGGAAAAGGAAGGGGGACAAAUAUUGUAAAGAGAAAGAGAGAGGGAAAGGGAGUGAGAGAGAGAGAGAGAGAGAGAGAGAGAGAGAGAGAGAGAGAGAGAAAGAGAGAGAGAGAGGGUAAGGAGAACUCUUAGAAAGACAGAGCUUUGGUGGAAGGUGGAGAAGUCAUCUUGGGAGUUCCACAACCAGAGAGAGAGAGGGACCUUGCUUGUUCCCUGUCCCCAUAAAAGGAAGUGUUUCUGGGCCUGUGGAGGAGCACCAUGAGGACUGCUACCACAAUUGCAGUAUUAGAGAGUACUAGACCCCUGCAUCCUACUGAACCAGUCGUCCCCAGGCCCGGCAGACGCAGAAAGUCCAUGACGGUCCCACUGAAACCCCAGAAGGAGGGUUCAAAGAGCAGGAGGGUUGUGUUCACGGUCCUCACUGUACUGGUGGUACUGGGAAUACUGGCCACAGCUAUUUUCUUCAUCAAGCAGUUGAUCGACAGCAAGUUCUUCUUCUGCUCAAGCUCAGUGAGGUUCAUACCUUUAGACCAGGCUUGUGAUGGCAAGGAGGACUGUUCAGCGGGAGAGGAUGAGAAAACCUGUGUGUCCAGUCUCACAGUCAACACCAUCUUUCCAGUGCGUCUCCUGGGCAACAGCAGUGUGCUGCAGGUGUACAGUUCUGGGCCGGGCUGGAUGACUGUGUGUAGUGAUGACUGGACCCAACAGCACACAGACACAGCCUGCAAACAGCUGGGAUACACACAGACCCCCAGCAGCCGUCCUGUCCAGGUGGGGACCCUUUCCUCGGCCAUCAAGACCGGAGUCUUUUCAGGCGCCAUCGCCGCCUCCAAGACCACGCCCAUACACCUCUCUGUCACCCAACGCAAAGUGUGCUCCUCAGGGUCUGUGAUCUCCUUGACUUGCUCAGACUGUGGGCAUGUGGGGAUCCAGGAGCGUAUUGUGGGGGGUUCUGACGCCGUCAUAGAGAACUGGCCCUGGCAGGUCAGCCUGCAGCAGAACGGACAGCACUCCUGUGGAGGCUCGCUGGUGUCACCUUACUGGGUCGUCACGGCAGCACACUGCUUCUCUGGGAGUAAGAAGGAGGUGAGCAGGUGGAGGGUGGUGUCAGGGAGGACCUACAUGGGGACUCUGGGAGGCUCCAGUGUGGACAGGAUCAUCCUGAACGGAGAGUAUCGCCCCGCUGUCAACGACUACGACCUGGCCAUGAUGAGGCUCAGCAGCCCCAUCGCCGUGGGAGGGUCACGUCUGCCAGUGUGUCUGCCCCCCAAGGAUUUGUACCUCCCUGCUGAGGCCUCCAUGGUGGUGACAGGCUGGGGAUACCUGGAGGAGAAAGGGAAGGUAUCUCCAGUGCUCCAGAAGGCCAGCAUCCCCCGCAUCUCCCCGUCUCAGUGCUCCAGUCCCAACGUCUACGGCUCCGCCAUCACUCCCAGGAUGUUUUGCGCCGGCUUCCUGGAGGGCAAGGUCGACGCCUGUCAGGGCGACAGUGGCGGCCCCCUGGUCUACCUAUCGGGGCGCUGGAGGCUGGUGGGCGUGGUCAGCUGGGGGGUUGGCUGUGCGAGGGCGGGCCGUCCAGGAGUCUACUCUAACGUGGAUGAGAUGCUCAACUGGAUACACACUGUCAUGGAGGCAAACCCUUGAAGUUCCACACCGUGAUCUACUACUACUGCACUGAGCACGUGUCUCAGAGAGAGAGAGAGAGAGAGAGAGAGAGAGAGAGAGAGAGAGAGAGAGUGUGAGUGUGUGAGAGAAUGAAAGAAAAAUGGAGUGAGAAGCACUGAGAAGAGACAGAAAUCUUCAGAAAACACACCAAUACAACACACUCGCUCUCAUUGGUUCAUUCCAUGUAGUUGUAGGUGCUAUCUCAGGGGACCAUAUGGUCGUAACACACACACACACACCUGGUAUUAGGGAUUACGGAGGUGACUGGAGGAGUGGGUACACAUU